UAGCGAUUCGGUGUUUUAGAGUUGACAAUCGAUCUGAACAUUAGAGUCGUCAGAGCGGGCAAGCGAACCAGAAACAUCAUUUGAAGUUUUUCCCUCCGUUUCACUUUGAUCUAAUUAGUUUUGUUGUUGUCAAAGAUUCAUUCGGUGGAGGAACUUCUAUUUUAGGACUCUCUUUCUCAAUCUUCCAGAUUUACUGUGAGAAGUUUUGUUAUUUUGGGUUCUAUAUCUGCAUUGACGUCCAUGAUCGACCCAUUUAAGCUUUCUUUUUCCCUUUCGUUUGAUUUCCGAGUGUGGAGAACUCGGUAGAGGUCCUUCACAUAUGGCAGGUUGAUUAAUAAUAGUGUGGAAACAUAAUUAGGGGACUUCCCCUAUUCUAACUGUCCUUUGAGUCUAAAUCCAUAAAAAAAUGUAUGUCAGUUCCCUUACGUGUGACCUCUUCAUGGGAUUUCAAGGUCUGUGUUCUUUUUCUUAUUGAGUAUUGAGAUCAAAAUGGUAGUUUUGGUUAUCUAUUAAAUGUAUGUGGUGCAUAGAUGUGCAGGUAAUGCUUGCCUUGUGGAUUAACCAAAAACUGGAGUACCUGUACUAUAACUUCUGGAGAGGACAGUUGAUUGGGAGCAGCAACUCAAGAAAGCAUAUAUGUGCUUUUGAAUUAGGUCCAGUAUCACUUAUUCUUCUUCAUUUAACAUCACAUUCCUCAUAUCUCAAUGAAGUGGAGACUAUUGGAGCUACCUACUGAAUGUCAGAGCUUUAUUACAAAUCAGAUUGCUUGCUUUUAUGCCUGGGUUUGCAGGUAUGCAUUUGAGGACUUAUAGGCUGAACUGUAAGCAUCUUAUUCUGCAACAUUUAAAUUGGUGAGAUUUCUAGGCUGAAAUGGACUCAAUUUCUUAGCAUUCUGUAAUUGAAUAGAAAUAGAAGUUUUAUUGGUAUUAUGGAAUCACAGAGGAGGAUAAAAAUAAAGUUCAUUAAACUAAAGCAGCCGUCUUUCAUGUCAAUUUCUCCUCAAUCCACAGUUUCUUUCAAUCGAUGAACAUAUGUUGCCAUGGGAUGAAGAAACCGAACUUCCUGUGUCGUGUAGUUCAUAAAUUCUUCUUUAACCUUUAAUCAAUUUCUUUUUGAUUAGUAAGAUGUUGCCUUAUAUAUAAACACAGGUUCAUGAUAGUUACUCCUACUGAUUCUGUAAGUUGAAUUGCUAUAGUGUUUCAAUAGGUUGUUUUUGCGCCCAGCUGUUGGCUCCAUGGUGUAAGGAAUAUGAAUUGUGUGUUUGUAUUGACGUGACCGAGCUGUUGUCGGACAUGUUGGACAGCAGGCGACUCGACGCUGAUCGUGGGCGCCGAAAUUCUAGAUUGCAACGAAGAGCUAGGGUUUCGGGAUUAAAGCUGUAAGAAUGUGAAUCGUGUGUUUGUAUUGACAUUGAGAAGGGGCAUUUAUACCCACAAUUGUACAGGUUCAUGUAGGACAAGGAAACUUACGUCAAUAUGAAUAAAGAUUUAUCCCUAAUACAUGGAACUUACCC